AUGGCAUCAUUGUAUGUUGUAAGUGCAACAGAUACAAUCGUUGAUUUGAUGAAUGAAAGUGGUUUUAGCACUUUGAUUAAAUCAAAAAUUAACGAUGUUCAUCUUUUUGGUAUCGAUAAUUUGGGAGUUUCAUAUUUACCCAGUAAACUGGAUUUAAGGAAAAAAAAAGCAUUAAAAAAUUUGGGUAAUUUUAUGGGUAUCGAAACUAUUGAAAUGCAGCAACGAUAUCGGAAAAUUUAUAUCCUGCUUGGCAUAAUGACAAUUUUAUUUCCCUAUACGCUAUCUUCUUUCCGGACCGGACUUAUGAAUCAAGCAUAUGAUGUACCGGUUGGAAUGUUCACAGCAAUUGGUAUUUGCAUCCUGUAUAACCUAAUCGGUAUUUUCAUUCCGGCAACAAUGCUUUGUGCUGUUUCCGGUGAUACCAGUAUUUAA